AUGAUCUAUCUGCUCUCAACUGGUUAUGCAGGACAUGGCAGUAUCCUCGCUUUCUCCUAUGACUACUCAGCAACAACAAAGUGUUUGGCAGCGCCAAAGAGGGCUCAAUAUGGUGGAGGGAUAAUAGUUAAUCCGCAGUUCAAUCAAGGGACAAAGGGAUGGAACUUUUCCGGUGAAGGAGCGAUCAGGGAGGGAGUAUCAGAGGAUGGCAACAGGUUUAUUGUAGUACAUAAUAGAACAGACCCCUUAGACAGUUUCUCUCAGACAGUUCAGCUUGAGAAAGGAAAUUUUUACACCUUUUCAGCUUGGAUCCAAAUUAGCAAAGGGAGCGAGACAGUAGCUGUUGUGUUCAAGACUUCUGAUGGUAAACUGAUACGUGGAGGUGAAACCAUAGCUAAACAAGGGUGCUGGUCGCUUUUAAAAGGUGGCAUAGUUGCCCAAUUCUCAAGCCCUGUAGAGAUUCUCCUUGAGAGCAAAAAUACAAGUGUGGAAAUAUGGGUUGAUAAUAUCUCGUUGCAACCAUUCACAGCAAAGCAGUGGAGGUCCCACCAAGAGAAAAGCAUUGAAAAGGUCCGUAAGAGCAAGGUGACAUUCCAGGUAACAUUUGCCAAUAGAACUGCAGCAGCAGGAGCUAUAAUCUCAACAGAGCAAACCAUGUCAGGCUACCCAUUUGGAUGCGGUAUGAACCACCAAAUUCUCACAAGCACAGGUUAUCAGGAAUGGUUUGCCUCGAGGUUCAAGCUUACCAGUUUCACCAACGAGAUGAAGUGGUAUAGCACUGAAAAAAAGCAAGGUGAAGAAAACUAUACCAUCGCAGAUGCAAUGGUAAAAUUUGCCAAACAGAAUGGAAUUUCUAUUAGAGGUCAUAAUAUUCUCUGGGACAAUCCCAAAAUGCAGCCUGACUGGGUUAUAGACCUUCCUCCAGAGGAGCUGCAAAAAGCAGCGACACGAAGGCUGAAUUCAGUGAUGUCAAGAUAUGCAGGACAAUUAAUUGGGUGGGAUGUAGUGAAUGAGAAUCUGCAUUUCCGCUUCUUUGAGGAUAAACUUGGUGAAAAUGCCUCUUCAGCCUUCUACUCGAUGGCUUACCAUCUUGAACCAAAUACAACCCUUUUCAUGAAUGAGUAUAAUACAAUCGAAUACAGUAAGGAUCAGGCCCCUACUGCAUCAAAAUACAAGAAGAAACUUGAGGAGAUUCUGUCGUUUCCAGGAAACGCAGACAUAAAGGCAGCAAUAGGAUUGGAAGGCCAUUUUAGUUCUGCCCAGCCCAACAUUGCUUACAUGAGAUCUUCCUUGGACAUUCUAAGAACAAUGGGAUUGCCUAUAUGGCUUACAGAAGUGGAUGUGGGUAAAGGACCAAAUCAGGCACAAUACUUGGAAGAUAUACUAAGGGAGGCUUUUUCACAUCCUGCAGUUGAAGGAAUGAUCAUUUUUGGAGGACCAGAAAUUUCCGGAUUCGAUGUUAUGACCCUGGCAGAUACAGAGUUCGCUGCAACCUACGGAGAGGCUGUGGACAAGCUGAUUGAUGAGUGGAAAUCUGGGACUAGAAAACUUAAAGCAGAUAGUAGAGGACUGGCUCAAGUUUCACUGUUUCACGGAGAUUACAAGGUAGAAAUUUACCAUCCCGUGACUAACUCCUCAACUACUAUCAGUUUUAAAGUUACAAAAGAAACAGAACACAGUACUGUCUUCGCUCAAAUCAAUGCUUGAGUUUGU